AUGGGCGAAGAAGUUAUACUAAAAGAUAGGAUUAGCAACUUACCAGACUCAUUGCUUUAUCAUAUUUUGUCUUUUCUUUCAACCAAAGAAGCUUCUGCCAUAAGCCUCUUGUCCAAGAGAUGGAACUCAGUUUGGCUCUCACAACCCACUCUUGACUUUGACGAUGAAAGCUUUUCUACUCUUCUUUCAUUCGUCCAAUUUGUGGACUCAGGUUUAAAGUUGCGCGGGGGAAGAGUGGGUAAUAUUUCUUCAGUUGAUUUGCCUUCCCUUAAAGCCUUGCAUUUGGAGAAC